CGCACAUCAUGUAUACGCUCGCCAUGAGCUCGCUCCCCGGCCUCCGCGUCACGGCGAGCGCCCGCAAGGGACGCGUCCCGAAGGCUAAGGCGAAUGACGUCGAGCCUUGCGAAGCCGCCGAUUUCAAGGGCAUCAAGACCCGCGAGUACUCCUCCAACAUCAUAUCGCGAGGGUCCGAACUCGAGCAGCUCAAGAAGCUCUCGCACCUCGUCCUCGAGACGGCCGCCGUCGGCGCGAGCACGUUCGAGGAGCUCGGCCCGCAGGCCGCGACGGUGUCCCCGUCCGUCCUACUCCACACCCUCCACGAGAACACCACCGCCGACGUCGGCGCCCUGGAGGGAGCCAUGGUGUACGAGCCGUGUAGCGUGGACUUCACCGGCUCCGAGGACGCCAGGCUCGAGUGCGUCAUCGACAAGGCGUUCGUCAACCUCGGCGGCAUGAUGGCUGAGCGCGUCGGCGGCUUGGUCUCCAUCGAGAUCGUCGAGGACAAGGUCACCGCGCUCAACUCCGAUAAGAUCAUCGCCAAGGCGAGGCACAUGCGCGCGAUGUUCGACGAGAUCAACGUCGACCGCGAGAAGUACCUGUUCAAGAUCCCCGGAACCUGGGCGGGCGUCGAGGCGGUUCGGGCGUUGGAGGCUGAGGGCGUUCGCUGCCACGUGACGCAGGUGCACUGCCUCGAGCAAGCCGCCGCGUUCGGCCGCGCGGGCGCCACCGUCGUCCAGCUCUACGUCGGGCGCCUGCAGGCGUGGUACAAGAAGCACCCGGUGCACCAGCUGUCCAACAAACUCCACGAAGCGUCCAACCACGGCGUCGAGUUUGUUCGCCAGGUGAAGGCUACGUUUAAGAACGAGAGCCUCGACACCAAGAUAAUCGCGUCGUCCGUGCUGGACCGCGAUAACGCCCUGUCCCUGGCGGGCGUCGACUACAUGCUGCUCAGCGACCGCGUGGUGAGCACGCUGAACAACGCCGACGCGUGCGAUCAGAUUGGCACCGGCGUGGUCGCCCGGGGCGGCAACGUCCCAUCCGUGGGAGAGAUCACGCAGGCGUCGUUUGAGGCGGCGCUGGGAAUGUCGCCCGCUUACGAGGAGAUCGAGGCGCACCUGGAGCUGCUUCACAAGGAUGAGGAGGCGCUCAAGGCGUUCGUCAAGACGUCCGUCAUGAGGAACGAUUGAGUGCGUCGACGAACGCGAGUGUACACCUCACUCACCGGAAAGAGCGGAACUCGCCGCAAACCCCGAGAUUGUUAAGAUCACCGCUUGUCAUGAAUAUAAUAGCUUUGUAUAAUACGAUACAGAAACACGAUGCUCGUGACGUCAAC